AUGGAUCGAGAUGCAAAUGCAGCCGACAACCUUCAAGAGAGGAAAAACAUCCUCAUCGCCGAAAUCAUGACCUCAUUUCGCGACCUCGUCAACCACGCCGCCGCCCCAGUCGACAGCACAGCCUCGACGGGCCAAACAGCCUACAGCAGCAUGGCCAUGGGGACCAAAAUGAGCAGCAUCAUAAAAUCAACCGAGGACCUCCUCUCCCUGACGCGCAAGAUCCGCGAGCUCUGGGUCAUUGGCGCGCUCAAGCCGCCCGGCGCCCACGACGCCGAAGCCGAGCAGGGCAUGCGGCAGGACGCGGAGCAGGUCCUAACCAUGCUCAACACCCUGCGCGACCGCCAGCGCCAGGCCAUGCUGCAGCACGCCGCGGCCGUCGGUGGAGGCUUCACCUACGAGCAGGGCGACAUCGACGGGCCCGCGCCGCCGCUCCAGCCCCAGAUCCAGUCCCAGCAGGUGACGGGUGUGGCUGCUGAGGGUGGGGGUGCCCAGGCGCAAUAG